AUGAUUAGUGGCUAAGACUAAGAAUAGAAAAUGGAUAUUGAUUAGGAUGCUUCCUAACCAGAAUCAGUAGGUUUGUUUAAAAAAUCAGUAGAUCAAGAAAAUUUUGAGCAAGAUCAAUCUUCUGUUCCACUUCAAAAGAAAUCACUAGAAGAUGAAUAAUAGAUGAAGUAAAAUGAAUAGAAAGAGAUUUUAAAAAUUACGAUAACUAAGCUAAUUUUCCAGAUGAAGGUUGGAUGCAAAAAGGACAUUUGUUUCAAUAAAUAUUGCUUGAAAAACCCUCUCGAAAGAGCCAACUUGAACUUCGCAAACGAUAGAGAGAGACUUACUUAAGCUUUUAAAAUCGUAUAAUCUAGUUAAGAUCCAAAAGAAGAUGGCUAUGCUUUUUCUAGUUCUUUCAUAAAAUUAAGAAAAUAGGAUGUUCAAAUGGAAGAUUUAAGUCAGAAUUAGAUAGUUUAAAAUAAGCAAAAAGAACUAGAUGUAAUCACUAAUUAUGAUAUCGAUUACGAAGGUGUUAAAAUCAUGUUCUAAAAAUUGCAGAUGGCAUACGAAAAUAAUGAUGAGAAAUUGAUCAGUGCUCUAGAUUAAUUACUAUAAAUAUUAUAUUACGAGCAUAACCAAAACUAAACAAUUGAUAAAGCAUUGAUGGUAUUCAGAUCAUUGCUGAUGAUUAUGAUCAAUGAUAAAAUAUAAUGGGAGUGGAGUUCGAUAUUUGAAUCAAUAAUCAAACAAAUGGCUACUUUAAUUAAGCAAUAUAGAAAAGACUUUAAAUUAUUCGAGUCAUUUCUAGUUGUUAAUCUGUCUAGAGCUAAUUUUUAGUAACUGGUUUAACUCACUUAGAGUUAUUUCACACUAUCAAUUUCAAGCGGGACAUUCAAGUCCAAAGUAAUUGAAAAUGGUGUCAGAUUUCUUGAUAUAUUCAACGAAGCAAAUAAUAAAAGACCACUCAAAUUAAGGCUUAGUUACAAAGAAUUUUACAAUGAUGCCAUCAAUAAGGAACUCAAUCUACAAGAUCAUUUUGUUCAAUGGAUCUAAGAAAGAGAGAUAGCAAGAGCAUCAAAUGUUCCAUAUGACAGACACGCUAAAUUUACAAUUUGCAAUUAUCCUUGGAUCUUGGAUGCAGCUAAUAAGAGUGAUAUGAUUAAAAUAUAAAACAAGUUUAGCAUGGAAUAACAAUAGCACCUAAAUAUAAUGGAUAUGCUCAGGUAGCCUGGACUACAGUCUCUAUAUAUGUAUCUUGAAGUGAGAAGAGAAAAUAUCCUUGAGGAUACUCUGAAUAAAAUAGUCAAUCCAGGACUAAAUUUCAAGAAACCUCUGAGAGUUUAGUUCGUAGGAGAGCCAGGCGUUGAUGAGGGAGGAGUUAGAAAAGAGUUCUUCCAACUUCUUCUCAGAAGCUUGUUUGAUCCUAACUUCGGGAUGUUCAACUAUAAUGAGCAGCAAAGGUUGUAUUGGUUCAAUGGCCAUUCAAUGGAGCCUAAUGUGAACUUUGAACUGAUCGGUAUAUUAAUGGGACUUGGCAUCUACAACAGUAUUAUAUUAGACCUUCCAUUCCCUAUGAUUGCCUACAAGCAAUUACUCUUCCAAGAGCCUAUAUUUGAAGAUCUCUAAGAAUGGUAGCCAGAAGUAGCUUCAAGCCUUGAAUUUAUUUUGAAUUAUAACGACGAAACUCCCUUAGAAGAAGCCCUAGGAAUUAACUUUGCUAUUGAGGAAGAGAGAUUUGGAGAAAAAUUUGAAUUUGAAUUAAAACCUGGGGGAUCGGAUAUUAUGGUAACUGUGGAAAAUAAAGAAGAGUAUGUCUAGCUAUACAUGGAAUAUAUAUUUAAGAAAUAAUGUGAGGGUCAACUAAGAUCAUUCAAAAAAGGGUUUUAUAGAGUAUGUGAUGAGGAUCUGAUGCAAUCUCUUUUUAAGCCAGAAGAGCUUGAGCAAUUAGUUUGCGGUUCUAAAAAGCUCGAUUUCCUAGCACUUUAAAAAGCAGCUAAGUAUGUAGAUGGCUAUACCAAUGAGAGUAUGUAGCCAAAAUGGCUUUGGGAAAUAAUUCACGAAAUGAGUGAUGAUGAAAAGAAGAGAUUCCUAGCGUUUUGCACAGGUAGUGAUAGAGCUCCGAUUGUAGGUCUUGGAGGAGUCAGACUAUAUAUUGGUAGACAUGGAGAAGAUAGUGAAAGACUACCAAGUGCCCAUACUUGCUUCAAUCAUUUGUUGAUUCCAGAGUAUCCAACUAAAGAUAAGCUAAAGCUUAAACUUCUACUUGCUAUCACUAACUCAGAAGGCUUUGGUCUAAUGUGA